CUCUUUAGUAUCCUCAUUUCUUGAAGCGAGACGCGAACAAUCUCCAGAUCAUGUUGCAGAGACGGAAGCGGUACAAGAACCGGACCAUUCUGGGCUACAAGUCCUUGGCCAUUGGCAUCAUAAACAUGGCAGAGGUGAUGCAACGUCCUACAGAGGGGAUGAAGGUUCUGGAUCUCCAUAGCAACAGGAAGGACCCAGCUAUCCGAGUGGCUGAAAUCAGCAUCCUCUCCCUGUCCAGUCAGCCCAUCGACCACGAGGAGGUCACCACGGUGACCAGAACCAAGAUCAAAGGCUUGGAUGCCGACCAGUAUUGGGAGGAGGAGGAUGAUGAGGACA